CCUACCAAACCGCGUGGAAAGCGACGCCAAAACGGCGUCGCGAGUCUCCUGUCGUCGCCAUGGGUUACAGCGCUGGCGGCAAAGGGGGCAAAGGUCGUGGGAAGGGCGGCAAAAGUAAAGAUGCUGGCGGCGCCGAUUCCUGGGACGCCGCGCAGAGUUCUGGGAAGAUCAAACUCACCUUAGAGGACUUGACGCGGGUCCACCCGCAGCGUGUCGUGGAGGCGUUCCCGCAGCUCACCGUGGCGGCGGAUUGGCCCGAGAGUCGAGCACCCAGAAGCGGUUCUGCCUUCUACUUGCCAUUGAUUUGGACGGCCCUGUUACCUCCAGAGGCUUCUGAGGGUCCAUCCUGCUUUGACCAGUCUGUGCAGCAGCUGAACAGCCUUGGUGAUGAGAAACAUUUCAAGUGGGCGCGCCGCGCGAGCUUGCUGGAUGUGUGGCAGGCACAAGUCUACUGGCGCCAGAUCUUUUCUGGCUGGGAUGAUUGGGUGACACGGCUCCGUGUGGCCAUGGCCGCCUUUGAAAGUCCCGACGGCUGCGGCAUCGAAGGUGUAGUCAAAUGCCAUGUCCAGCGUGUGUCGGUGACAGCGGGUGCGUUGGUCUAUGGAGAUCUGGAGAUUCUUGGCGCGUUGCCUCACAUCAGCAACGCUCGAAAAUCGCCUGAUCAGGAUGCGAUCCUGGAGUUGGACCUCGCGCUCCGGUUGGAAAUCGAAGCCUCGGUGGCCACCCUUUUCCUCCCGCCGGUCGCCCCGGUCGCCAACGCGCCCACAUGACAACUCGGACAGCGCCCGAAACGGCGACGAAAAAA